AUUUAUUCCUUGGUCUUUUAAUCUAUAACGGCGGGUGAAGGCGGCUUCCUUCAUCUUUUCUUUCCCUUCAGACGACCAGGGAAAUCGGAAUUGCCGACCUUCCUUCUUCACAGGUCUUCAUCAAUACUUGAAUCUCAGGUGCAUUACAAAUUAAAUUUUAUAUCGCAAGGCAAUCUUCAUAGAGCCACAUCAUAAUUACAAGUGAGUUUAUUUCCUUCUUGUACUGUAGGGUUUAUUAUCGAAGAGAUAGCUUGAAGGCUAGCCAACUAACUUGUUCACAAGUAUCAGAAGGUCUCCUACCGAUUCAUCUUUAUCAAAGUUACCAGCGAUAGUUUUGCAGAUUGUUGGAAGUAAAGAAAUGGGUGAGUUUGAACGUGAAAAGAUUAGAAACAUCUGCAUUCUGGCUCACGUGGAUCAUGGGAAGACCACGUUGGCUGACCAUCUGAUUGCUUCUUAUGGAGGUGGAGUACUCCACCCGAAGCAAGCUGGCAGGCUCAGAUUUAUGGACUACUUAGAUGAGGAGCAGAGGCGGGCAAUUACAAUGAAGAGUUCUUCUAUAGCACUUCAGUAUAAGGAACAUUCUAUUAAUCUCAUUGAUUCUCCAGGUCAUAUGGAUUUUUGCAGUGAGGUUUCAACGGCAGCUAGAUUGAGUGAUGGGGCUUUAGUAUUAGUUGAUGCUGUUGAGGGAGUUCAUAUUCAAACCCAUGCUGUCUUACGUCAAGCUUGGAUUGAAAAACUCACGCCAUGUUUGGUUUUGAAUAAGAUUGACAGACUGAUUUCUGAGUUAAAAUUGAGUCCGAUGGAAGCAUUCACUCGGUUGCAAAGGAUUGUUCACGAGGUUAAUGGAAUUGUGAGCACUUUUAAAUCUGAAAAGUAUCUAUCAGAUGUUGACGCACUUUUGUCGGCACCAUCUGGUGAACAAGGUGAGCAAGGUGGUGACGACUUUGAGUUCAUUGAAGAUGAUGAGGAGGACACUUUUCAACCGCAGAAGGGUAAUGUUGCAUUUGUCUGUGCACUGGAUGGUUGGGGAUUUAGCAUUUUGGAUUUUGCAGAGUUUUAUGCUUCCAAACUUGGGGCUAGCUCUGCUGCAUUGCAAAGAGCUCUAUGGGGACCUUGGUAUUACAAUGCUAAGACUAAGAAGAUCGUCGGCAGAAAGGGAAUCAGUGCUGGGACUAAGGCUAGGCCCAUGUUUGUUCAAUGUAUAUUAGAGCCACUGUGGCAAGUUUACCAGGCUGCUCUAGAUGAAGAUGGCGAUAGGGGGGUUCUUGAGAAAGUUAUUAAGAACUUUAAUUUGUCGAUACCUCCUCGUGAACUGCAGAAUAAAGACCCAAAGGCUGUUCUUCAGUCUGUCAUGAGCCGUUGGAUUCCAUUGUCAGACACUAUAUUAUCAAUUGUUGUUAAGCACAUGCCUAACCCUGUUACUGCCCAGUCUUUCCGGAUAUCUCGUUUGCUUCCUGAAAGAGUAAUAUUGGAAAAUGUCGGUAAUUCAAAGGUCCUUGCUGAAGCAGAGCUUGUCAGGAAAGCUGUGGAGUCUUGUGAUUGCAGAAGUGAUGCGCCAUGUGUUGCUUUUGUUUCUAAAAUGUUUGCAAUACCGUCAAAGAUGCUUCCUCGGGAAGAGAUUUACCAUACUGAUGAUAGUAAUGGGAAUUCUGAAGAAUGUUUUCUUGCAUUUGCAAGGGUCUUCAGUGGAGUUCUACACUCGCAACAGACAGUGUUUGUGCUUUCAGCUUUAUACAAUCCAUUGGAGGGGGAAUCAAUGCAGAAGCAUGUGCAGGAAGUGGAGCUUCAGUCUUUGUAUAUGAUGAUGGGCCAGGGCUUGAAACCUGUUGCAUCUGCUAAAGCUGGGAAUGUUGUUGCCAUUAGAGGUCUUGCCCAAAAUAUAGUGAAAAGUGCAACUCUUUCAACCACAAAAAGCUGUUGGCCAUUCUCUAGUAUGGUUUUCCAAGUUGCACCUACUCUAAAGGUAGCUAUUGAGCCUUCAGAUCCUUCUGAUAUGGGUGCUCUCACGCAGGGGUUAAAACUUUUGAACCGUGCUGAUCCAUUUGUGGAGGUCACAAUGACUUCUAGGGGUGAAAACGUCCUUGCUGCAGCAGGGGAAGUUCAUCUUGAAAGAUGUAUCAAAGAUUUGAAGGAAAGAUUUGCAAAAGUAAGCUUGGAAGUAUCGCCCCCACUUGUCUCAUAUAAAGAGACAAUUGAAGGUGAAAUAAGUAAUCCAUUGGACAAUCUGAAAGUAUUGAGUGGUAGUUCUGAGUUUGUUGAGAAAACUACACCCAGUGGAAGGUGUGUUAUUCGGGUGCAUGUGAUGAAGCUUCCAGAUGCUCUCACUAAGCUACUUCAUGACAGUUCUGACCUACUCAGAGAUAUUAUUGGGGGUAAGUCAGGCCAGGCUUGUAAGAGUUUGGAAAGUUUGAGAGGUAGCAUUGUGGAAGACGAAAAUCCCAUUGAAGCAUUAAAGAAGCGCAUAAUAGAUGCUGUGGAGAGUGGUUAUUCAUAUGGGGACGCGGAGAUAGAUAAACACCGAGCUGAGAAAUAUAGAUUGUUGUGGGAAAAGCUUUUGAAGAGGAUCUGGGCAUUAGGGCCUAGACAAGUAGGACCUAACCUUCUGCUUACUCCAGAUUUGAGGGAUAAGAAUGAUGAUAACUCUGUUCUGGUCAAUGGGCACCCUUCUGUGUCUGAAAAGUUGGGUUUUCUAGAUUCCUCUGAACCAAAGGAUACAAUUUCGGAUGUUUCAUCUGUAACAGAUCAAGCCUUGUUGAUUGAAGCAAAGAAUCUUGAGAGCAGCGUGCUCGCGGGAUUUCAGGAAGCUACUGCUGCUGGGCCAUUGUGUGAUGAACCUAUGUGGGGUUUGGCCUUUGUGGUUGAGGCCUAUGUUUCUUCGCUAUCAGAGCAAUCAAAUGAAUCAUAUGUUCCUGUUCAACAAUCGGACCAUUAUGGCAUUACUGGACAGGUGAUGACUGCUGUUAGGGAUGCUUGCAGGACGGCUUUACUCCAAAGAAAACCAAGACUCGUGGAAGGAAUGUAUUUUUGUGAGUUGAACACGCCAACUGAGCAAUUGGGCCACAUGUAUGCAGUAUUAUCAAGGAGGCGUGCCCGAGUUGUUAAGGAGGAAAUGAAUGAAGGGUCCCCAUUAUUUACUGUGCAUGCAUAUGUGCCUGUAGCUGAGAGCUUUGGGUUUGCCGACGAGCUUAGGAGAUGGACAUCUGGUGCUGCAAGUGCCCUACUUGUUCUUAGUCACUGGGAAGCACUUCCGGACGAUCCUUUCUUUGUUCCAAAAACUGAAGAGGAGAUAGAAGAGUUUGGAGAUGGUUCCAGUGUACCGCGCAAUACAGCAAGGAAACUUAUUGAUGCUGUAAGACGUAGGAAAGGUCUUCCCGUGGAAGAAAAAGUUGUUCAGCACGCAACAAAGCAGAGGACUUUAGCACGUAAGGUAUAGCUGAUGUUUGGAUUGCCUUACACUAAAUUUUGUAACACACAUAUAUUUACACUCUUGCCAUUUGAUCAAAGGACGAGAAUUGUGGGAACAUGAUUCUUUCCUUGGUUGGAUGGUUUUAAUAGGGAAGUUGUAUUAUUAUAUCAUCAAUACUAUCCAAACAUACUUACCAAUUAAAAAGGAGAUUAGUGGGAGCCAUAUUACUGUUCGCUUUGCCAUUGUAGUUAACGAUUCUUGCUCCAUCCGAUAAUACUAGCUCAAGAAACAUGACUCUUUUUAUUGGACAGAGGUCAGAGCCAGUAUAUCUUUUGAGAAAACUAUCAAGGUGAAUCAGUACUCCCGCUGUAUAUUUGCUGAUUUUCUGAAUACUUUUGCAUCUAUCUUAUUUUUCGGCAGCAAGGGUUUAGAAAUUCAUGAAGAAUGCAUUUUAGUUCAUGGAAGUAUGGAACUGAUGUUGCAAUGAUGUUGUUAUUCUGAUGUGUUUUCAAGGAAGAAAACAUAUCUUGGUUUCUUUAACCUUAACUUUAGGGGUAAGAAAAUAUGCAGACUGCUAAUUCUAACCUAGGAGAUGAUCUUGAC